UGCACAAGUCCCCCCCCACACCCCACACACACCCCCCCCCCACCCCCGUGACGUCCAACUGUCAACCGACUCGUCGUGAUCAUGACCAACGUUUGUUUCUAAACGUCAUCUUUAACGUCUCCAGUCGAUUGUCAUUCAAGAUGAACUUCUGCACAAAUGCCCGUCGCGGCAGUCCUGUUGACAAAGAAAAUAUCCCACCUGCAAGUAGAGCGGAUGCACCACAGGCCCAGAGGCCCAAGCAGCGGGCAGUGCUCGGUGUCUUGUCAGAAAACGAGCAACAUGGUCGAUCCUUCAGCAAGCAGGGAAGCCAACAGUCCAAACACAGUUCGCUCUCGGGCAGCUCUCAGCACACCUUUCCUGCCUGUACCUCCAGUUCAGGCUAUGAUGUCCAUGUCGAAGAGGCUUGUGAAGUUGUUCUCUCCACCUCUGGUCAAGAAGUGAAGUCAGACGGCCUUUAUACCCAAACCGCUGGUCUGCAAAAUGACGAUUUGAGAAUCCUGCUGGAGCUUAAUUCAAGCCCAUGCCAGGAAUCCUCUAUGCAGUCUGAAAAGGAUGAGUCCCUAAUGUCAGUGGAGGCGCUGUGCGUGUCUGAAUACGCGGAGGACAUCCACCAAAACCUAAGGAAGAGUGAGCUGAGGUUCAGGCCAGUGCCAGGCCUCUUGGAGAAACAUCCACAGAUCACCGGCGGCAUGCGGGUCGUCCUGGUGGACUGGCUGUCGGAGGUCGUCCAGGAGUACAAGCUGAGCGGCGAAACUCUGCACCUUGCUGUUAACUACUUGGACCGCUUUCUCUCCGGCACAGCGUUUGUCAAGCGGGGCAGUUUGCAGUUGGUGGGCUCGGUGGCGUUGCUGAUCGCUUCAAAAUAUGAGGAGAUCCGACCCCCGGAGCUGAAGGACUUUGUGUACAUCACCGACUGCACCUACACUAAGAAGCAGGUGCUUCAAAUGGAGCAUUUCUUCUUGGGAGUGCUGGCCUUCGACAUGGCGGCACCCACCAUAAACCAGUUCCUUCGCCUCUUCAUGUCCAUCCACUCCGUCUGUGCCAACACAGAGAACCUGGCCAUGUAUGUAGCCGAGUUAAGCCUGCUGGAAAUUCAACCAUUCCUACGAUACUCCCCAUCUCUGGUUGCAGCUGCAGCCUACUGCUUAGCCUCCUACACCGUAAACAAUUCGCUCUGGCCUGAUUCCUUGUCUGCCUUCACUGGCUACACCAUGGCUGCAAUUACUCCCUGCCUAACUGACCUCCACAAGCUACACAUCGGUGCAGAGAGUCACCCACAACAAGCCAUCAGGAGAAAGUACAUGAGUUCGAGGUAUUGUCGUGUCGCGUCGAUCGCUCCACCUGCUGUUCUGCCUUCCCCAUGAAUCAUCGCUCCACCCUUCAGGUCCCUUCUGCCAGAACACAAUGAGACUGAGAACAAAACAAACACAAAACUGAAUCUACUGCCAGUUUCAGACAUGCCACACCCAUCUGGACACAUUUGUACCUUUAUUUAUGUAUAUAUAUACAUAUAUAUACAUAUAUACAUAUAUAUAUACAUAUAUUUGUUUCGGUCUUAUCAUUUAUGCAAUCACAAAAAACAAUGUCAUGAAUCAAAAAUGUUAAUACUCUCAGAUAGAGGCUUUUAGAUCUGGUAGGUCAUCAGUUGUAUGAAAUGUUUAGGUUUUUGCUUACAGUAUAGAAUGAAAUAAAAUGCAUGUUAAAUCAUAA